CGGGGGGGGCGGCACCGGGGGGGGGCAUCGCCGAGCGCGGCAUCCCGCGACGCCUGCCCGGCUGCAGCCUGCCGAGCCCCCCGCCAGCCGCCGGGGUGGGAGGGGGGGAAGGAAAGCAUUUAAGAAAGGAAUUUUUUUUUUUUUUUUUUUUUUCCAGGGAGAGUUUAAAGGGAAUUUAGGAGAAGGGGGUACAGUUUUUAAGGAGAAAAGUUUGAAAGUUAAAAUUUAGAGGGGCGGAAAAAAAAAAGUUUAGAAAGAAAAAAUUAGAGGGAGCAAAUUCUUUUUUUUUUUUUUUCCAAAGGCAAAAUAAGUGAGGGAGGAAAAAAAAAACCAAAAACUAAAAACCAAAAAAACAACCAAGAAGCAAACAGACGCGGAGCGGGCUCGAGCCGGGCGGUGAGAACAAUACUCCGGGAAAGUUGUGCGCGGCGAGGGAGGGCGCGGCGGGAGGAACAUGCCGCAGCUGGGCAGCGGCGGCGGGGACGACCUGGGGGCCACCGACGAGAUGCUGGCCUUCAAGGACGAGGGCGAGCAGGAGGAGAAGAUCCCCGAGAACGCCUUCACCGAGCGCGACCUGGCCGACCUCAAGUCCUCGCUGGUGAACGAGUCCGAGGGCAGCGGCAGCCCCGCCGCCGCCGCGGACCCUGAGGCCAUCCGGCGUGUGCAGGAUCCGCAGAGGGUUUAUCAGGAGAAGCUCCCGGACCACAUGGAAGAUGCAGGUAUGAAGCACCAGGACCCAGGGAUGUAUAAAGGAUCUGCGUACUCUGGCUACCCCUUCCUCAUGCUCUCAGACCCCUAUCUGCCAAACGGAUCUAUGUCACCUCUGUCCAACAAAGUCCCCGUCGUGCAGCCGUCCCACGGAGUGCACCCGCUCACCCCGCUCAUCCCCUACAGCAACGACCACUUCAGCCACGGCUCCCACUCGCCCCACCUGCCCGCCGACAUCAGCCAGAAGCAAGCAGUGCACCGGCCUUCCCAGACCUCUGACAUCCCCGGCUUCUACCCGCUCCCCCCGGCUGGGGUCGGCCAGAUCACGCCCUCCAUGGGAUGGCAGAGCCAGUCUGUCUAUCCGCUCCCGUCAUGUGGAUUUAGACAGCCGUAUUCGUCAGCGCUUUCUGCUGGGGCUUCUUUCUCCAGGUUCACUCACCCGCUGAUGCUGGGCUCCGGCAUGCACACCACCGGCAUCCCGCACCCCGCCAUCGUGCCCCACUCUGGCAAGCAGGAGAUGGAGCACUACGACCGCAACAUGAAACCUCAGCCAGAACCAAAGAGAGAGAAGGAAGCCAAGAAGCCCACUAUCAAGAAGCCCCUGAAUGCUUUCAUGUUGUAUAUGAAAGAGAUGCGGGCGAAGGUCAUUGCUGAAUGCACACUGAAGGAGAGCGCGGCCAUCAACCAGAUCCUGGGAAGGAGGUGGCAUGCGCUGUCCCGGGAGGAGCAGGCCAAGUACUACGAGCUGGCACGCAAGGAACGGCAGCUCCACAUGCAGCUCUACCCCGGCUGGUCCGCACGGGAUAACUAUGGGAAAAAGAAGAGACGGACACGGGAAAAGCAACAGGACUCCAACUCAGAUCCUGCCUCUCCUAAGAAAUGCAGAGCUCGCUUUGGCCUCAACCAACAAACGGACUGGUGCGGCCCGUGCAGGAGGAAAAAGAAGUGCAUUCGGUACUUACAAGGAGAAGGACGCUGUGCCAGCCCAGUUUCUUCCGAUGGAAGUGCUAUAGACUCCCCUCCCUCUCCCCUGGAUGCACUCCAAUGCAUAUCCUCUGCUUUCCCUUCAGACAAGCUUGCAGCCCCCGCAGACUCCGCACACAGAGAACACACCGACCCCCUCCCCGUCUCCGCUCACAUCACAGCUGCUGCCUGCUCCUCCAGACCCAGCGCCGGGUGCUCUCCCGCCCCCACGGAGCCCUCGGCCCGCAGCGUGGCUUCCACGGGGACAUAGUCCCACGCCCAGCCGUGUUUGCUGAGACACCGGGCACUUUGCUCUCCCACUGAAAAGGACCAGAGGCCCAUCCCAAUUCCCUAUUUCACGGCAAAACUUGCAAAGUUAGGCAACAGAACGAUUGGAGGAUGCUGGAAAACGCAUUUGAUUCUUUGGGGGGGGAGGGUGGCGGUUAAAGAUAGCAAAGUGAUUCUUAAGAAGGUUAAAAAAAUACUUGCCAAAAUUUGAAGUGCUGAUGAGUAAACAAGCCUUUUGUCCCUGCCCUGUGCUGCUUUUUUUGUUUGUUUGGGGUUUUUCUUUUUUUUUUUUACUGCAUUACCUAUGAGUGUGGCAGAAAGCAAAGGCAGACUCCCCAGCUUGCUGCAGUAGGUGGUAGGUGCUCUAAAUCUAACACUGGCUUCCGUGUCCCGCCUUCUGAGCUGCUUUAAGCUGUAGUCCUCCUGUAGCUGUUAUACCACAGAGCUGGAAAAGCUGGAAUAGGAGCCUUUUGUACAAGCCCUUGUGUCUGAAAACGAAAUGUAGCGAUGCUAGCUUUCUGAUCUGCCUGGACGAUAGAGAAAUGAAAUAUUUAAACAAAUGAGAUGUAUUUAAACUUCUUGUUUGAGAACAGGAAGGUACUGUUUACAGGUACUAGUCUCUGUGCAGACACGUUGAAUCCCACUAGCGUACGGCUCGGCGGAGGAUUGCUCCCCAGUCAGUCCGGUGCAGGGUCUCCCCUGCUGUUGUGCUUCGGUUGUUGCAGAUUCAGCCAGAAUUCCCAUGCAACGGGCUGGGAAAAGCCUCAGAAAGCCUCCAUUGAACUCUGCACCAGCACACACACGAGGAGCACAGGGCCAGCACGCUCGGAGCCGUACAGCCCAGCUGAGGCACUCGGGGUGCUGCGCUCCAGCUCCCGGUCGGGCUGGGGCCGGGCUGCAGGUGGGAGCUGAGCCCCACGCUCUCCCCACUGUGCAGCCCGGAGCAGCAGCGCCCUGCCCUGCCCUCUGCUUGCAGUCUGUACUUACCCGCUGCAAGAUCCCAAACGUUUCUUGCUGAUUUGGUGUCUGACUUUUUAAAGAACGUAUCCUAGCUUUUUCUAAGAGAUCUCCCUCGAGCCUCGCGCCGAGGGCAAACGUUACGGCAUUCUCUCCAGCUUAAAAAUAUUUACCAGUUCCUGGUAUUUUAUUUAUACAUUGAUCUGCGGACAGAUUCUGAUCUCCAUAAACUGAAGUAAGCCCUAAGUUAACCAAAUGCAUCGAUCUACUCUACGUUUACACACCUGUCACACAAACCAGAAUCUGGGCCGCUGCGUAUUUUUUCCUGCUUGAAAGAAAUGUAUUUUAGACUGCUGAAGAGAAAAGAACACCACAGAAAGAGGGAGAGAGGGGUCUAUUUUUUUCUACUUUACAGAAUAGGUUUUGGAGUACUGGAUACAAAUGAUGUAGUAAUAUUAUUGUAGAACCGCAAGAAAUUUAAGAUGACCUUUAUAAUGUAAAAAAAAAAAAUAUUUUUAUAUUUUUUUUCUUAAAACAAAAACCCUCAUUUUUUACAUUGGACUCAACUUUUUAAACAAGUCUAUGCAUCAAAGACUGAAAAUUAAAAAAAAAAAAAAAAAAGACAAGUGAUUAGUCCAUAGAGCAUCUUGGGGUUUUGUUCCCUUAACUUAGGUACUUUCGCUUCUAGUAGCGUAGGUUUUAGCUUAGGAGACCUGCACCUGUUGCUUUCUUCCUCUUCUGUGUCAGUGUAACGUCAGUAGCACUGGCUGAAAGCUGCGUGCAGACCUCACAGAGCUGUGUGAGCCCAGAGAGAAGCGCGCCCUGGCAGUGCGCGAUGCAGCACGGGAUGAACGCCCCAUCUGCUCACUGUGACAUUACUGCAGCAAGCUUAGACAACAGCACGGUCAGUGCUGAGCACAGGAACUCAGCCAGCCAUUCCCAGACCUGACAUAGGCUCUUCUUAUGACUAUACGUAUAUAUACAAACCUUAAAAAUAAAAAAAAGCUAUGCCUCAGCUCACCAUCCUUCACUUUGAGACCCUGUGAUGUAAGGUGCUGUAGAAGUGACAACUACUGUAAAAGCCACAGGUGAUGAAUCAGCCACCUGGAGCUGGCUGUAAGGCUGGCACAACGCAAUUCCCGAGCGGUGUUUCAUGGUUGGAUGAAACGUAACUUAGCAGCAAAGACAGGUACAAAGAAAAACCAGACCUGUCUAAAUAACACCAGAGGAAAUUUAAGGGAAAGUCCUGACCAGUAUUAAACUGCAUAUUGUGAUCGAGGACCGAGUAGCACUAAACAGCCGUCAUUCAUUUCAGAACUCAUCAGGACUUCCCUUUACUUCAAGGCUGCUCGUAGCCCCUGCACGGUGUCCGGGCUGCCCGCCUUGCUCAGGGCACGCUGACCGGGCUCAGACCCCCCCGUGUGACAGCCUCCUCUCCCACUGCUCUUCCACCCAACUCCUGCACAACCUCCCUGGUGAAACCUGCCCUCCCCUUCUCCAGGAGCCCUCCCUUGUGCAUCCGCUCCUGUGCCAUGGCCAUUCCCACAGCCAGGGAGCAGGCCCGCGCCUUCUGACCGAUGCUCCCGAGCAGCUCUCACCAGCACAGCAUCAUUUUGGCCUUAUGCUCUGCUCGCUCCGUGCAGAGCCCAACCUCACCCUGUGGCUUCAGCUACCGCAGCGUAAGCUCAGAAUAUCCACACGGUGUGCUGGUACCUGAGAAAACAUAUUUCCUUUCCCAAAACGUGUAAGAAUGAGACCUCUGAGCUGCCCGUUUCUGAGACAGAACAGCGAGCUGACCGACUUCUGUUCCAUGCCCUACGGCUCACAAUGCCAAAACAGUUACUGUUACUGAUGCCAAAAACAAUCUUUAGCAAUGCUAUAUGAAGUGUUACUAUUUUGUGUUAACGUGCUUUUUUAGCAGAAGGAAAACUUGGCCCUUAAGUUUUUAAUCGCAGAAAGGAUUUUUUUUUUCUUUAGUUUUUACAGCAAUUUCAACUUUUCUUGAAAUACACAUUUGAAUUCCUGAAACCAGUCUGAAUGUAGAAGCCAUGGAAAUACCACUUCAUUAAACCAAGUGAAACCACUGUACGUAUGUAGCAGGGAUAAAUGUUUUGCAGCUGUACUUUCAUUUGUCCAAUGAUUAGCCAUCAUUUGUUGUAAUUUUUUUUACUUCACCAAGUUUGUAUUUUUCGGCUUUUGUGUUCAAAAUAUGUUUAUAGCUUUAUAAAUAAAGUAAUUGCCAGCCUGGCUAUUCAAAAUAGGCCACUGGAAGUUAUAAUGCUA